GUGGGAUGGAGUAUGCGGUGGAUCAGCUGACUGAUUGUCAGGCCCAGAUGUUAUCCUAUUGGGAAACCGUUCGGCUUGAAAUAGAAAGUAUCAAAUGCGAUCACUCAGCAUUCAAGACGCAGGAUUUGCCCCUUGCGAGGAUAAAGAAAAUAAUGAAAUUGGACGAUGAAAUUAAAUCCAUGAUGAUCAGUGCCGAGGCUCCGAUUCUUUUUGCCAAAGCUGCCGAAUUGUUUAUUCGCGAAUUGACUCUACGUGCGUGGAUUCACACGGAACGUAAUCGCCGCCGUACUCUACAACGCAACGAUAUCGCCAUGGCAGUCAGUGAUGGAGACACGGAUCAGUUUGAUUUCUUAAUCGACAUUGUUCCCCGGGAAGAGGUGAGGGGCCACCGUCGAGUCCCACAAACAUCCCCACCAUCUGCUGUUGGCUCUGCAGUGAACGCUGUGUCCAAUGUAAAUAUGAAAUCUGAGAACACCUCAUCCCCGAUCACCUACGUAUCAGCAACGAACGGUCGUGCUUCAGGCCAACUCGGCUCUGCCGAUUCUCAUGUCUCUUCUCCUCAGUCCCAAGCGAUGGCUAUCGCAUUAGGUGGUGCGAACAUUGCUUCGAUUGCGCAAACGCGGAACGUUCUAACUACUCCAACAAUCGUUCAACAAGGACCGACACAAACUAUCCAAUUCGCUGCAACCAUCCCUUCCACUAGCGCCACCGGCACUGUCCAGUCUUCCGUCACAAGUACCGCCGCCACUGCUAUUUCCAAUGCAAACACGACCGUUGCCAGUGCUGCCACUGCCGCCGCCCCCAUUCAGUACGUAUUGCAGCUUCCCAUGGGCGCGGCCGGAGCCGCUUCCGGACAACCAUUUCACAUCCAACUUCUCCCUCAGCAUUUCCAGACGUCUAGCACAGACGCGCUUUCCGCUGCCGCUGUUGCCGCCGCUGGCCAGACUGGUACUCUGUUAACUGAUGCUAAUGGAAAUUCCAUACCCGUAGUUCAAGUGGUCGCCCCGACUGCCGGAGGAUUCUCCCUACCCACUAUCGUGCAAGACGCCAACGGUCAGCGAACCCAGCUGGUUCAGCUUCAAAUGCCCGAAGCAUCCACAGGCCGGCCCACUCUGUUCCUGCAACAAUCGGGCUCCGUGUUGGGAGCUACUGCCCUACUCGCUGGAGGAACUUUGGAUGGACAUUCUCAUCGUAUUGCUUACAAUAUACAACCACAGCAGUUACUGUCCCCCACUGAUGUUGUCACCGGAGAUGUGGCCUCUCAGGUGCUUUUAUCUUUCACUGACUCGGGCACCACGUGUAUGAUUUCAUCUGACGCGUCAGGUAGCCAUUGCCUGGAUGCUACCGAUGCACUCGAGGAUGUAUCAAACCGUGAUCCACACGAGUUGGUUGAGGAACCGGGAGCUGAAGAUGAUUCCGCGCAAGUUGAAGCUACCAACUCCCCAACACACUCUGUGGUUGAACAUGCUUCCCUGAUAGCGGUGACCAAACAGACCGAGGUAGACUUUGAACUCGAUUCCCAGGUCACUCAGCAAGAGCUGCUUCGACCAGUGGUUCCAUUGUCUCCCACCGGUGAGGUUGAGUUACACGGCUUGAAUUCCGGUUUGAUCUCCGAUGACUCAGUUAAGACGAAAUUGAUGGACUCUACCACAGAGACCCCAAAUAUGGACGAUUCCUAG